AGUUCGCGUGCCGGCGCAUCCUGUUCCUUGACCUGCCAUGGCCCAGGCCGGACCUCUGAACCUCAAUAACGAGGUGGUGAAGAUGAGAAAAGAAGUGAAGAGGAUACGAGUUUUGGUUAUCCGAAAACUUGUCAGAAGUGUUAGCAGACUGAAGUCAAAAAAGGGUACUGAAGAUGCACUGUUAAAAAACCAAAGACGAGCACAACGAUUACUUGAAGAGAUCCAUGCCAUGAAGGAAUUAAAACCUGAUCUAGUGACUAAAUCUGCUCUUGGUGAAGAUAUCAACUUUGAAAAAAUCUGCAAAAAGCCAGAUUCUACUGCAACUGAACGAGCAGUUGCCAGACUAGCAGUACACCCGCUUCUGAAGAAAAAAAUAGAAGUGCUAAAAGCUGCUGUCCAAGCCUUUAAAGAAGCCCGACAAAAUGUUACCGAACUCGAUUCACAGAAGAAUGCUUCAGAGGAAAAUCGUUCUGAGGACACUUUGUGUUCAAAUGAUAAUGCCAGUAAGUUACAGCAGGAAGAAGUUAGUGUUAUCAAUGAGCAAAAUGGGAAUGAAGCCAAAAUUCUGGCAAAGAAACCAAUAAAUAACUCAAAGACAAAAAUGGCCAAGGUGGAACAUGGACCCAAAGCAGUAGGCCUUCCAACUCCUCCAUCAAAGCCUUCGGGAAAGGGUUCUCUAGUUCCCCCUGAACCCCAGAAGAUACCUGCUUCCCCCAAGAUGAAAACACAAAGUCAAACCAAAGAAAAAAAAGGAUCCGAUAGCUCACUUGGUGGUGACAGUGAUGACGAAGCAUUACAUGAAGAGGAGAAGGAGUAUUUUGAUGACAGCACAGAAGAGAGGUUUUAUAGACAGUCUUCCAUGUCUGAGGAUAGCGACAGUAGUGACGACUUCUUCAUUGGGAAAGUCAGACGAACACGAAAGAAGGAAAGUAGUCAUCGUUCUUCAGAUAAGGAACAAAAGUCCCUCCAAAAAGGGUUACCCAAAGAAGGCACAAGUGAAACUCACUGGGACAUAAGAAAUGACAAAAACAAGCCAAGUGCAGAACCCAGGAGAUUAGAAUCAGUGUUUUUCUACUCUUUAUCUGGAGCUAAAGGCUCUAAAAGAGAUUACAGAGAACAGGCUCCCAAAAGCAAAACCCUCGAUUUUCCACAAAAUGAAACCCAGGUCAAGAAUCAGCUUAAUAAAAAUGCACAACGAGGACUUAAAAACACAAAAGAGCAAUUGCAGCAGCCUCUUCAUCCUUCAUGGGAAGCAAGCAGAAGGCGAAAAGAACAGCAGUCUAAAAUUGCUGUGUUUCAGGGGAAAAAAAUCACAUUUGAAGAUUGAUUAAUGUCUCUUUUUAUGAAAUUCUUCAACUAAAACUUACUUUCCUUUUUUUUAAUAAAUGAGCCUGUUAUUUAAUUUGCAUUUGAAUACGUUUCUUUAGAGGGGUUAUUGAAUUUUGUUUGUUUUUCUUUUCCUAUGUAAAUUCACGUUAAGUGUA